CUCUGCAAAUAAGUCUUUAUCAGAAUUCGUGGAAAUGGAAGACGGGACGAGGCAGAUUAUCCCACUCCUCACUCCGUAUAGGAUGGGGAACUUCAAUCUCUCUCAUAGGUACCCUUUUUCCUUUCUUCUUCCAUAAUAACAGUGAGAGAGAAGGAGAGAGGUUUAGCCUUUUCCGUUGAAUGUUGAUAUUAUUUUAUGCACCCAAACUGUCCGACAGAAUUCCGACAUGAAAGCUCAACUGAUCCAGAUACCUUACCUUGCUGUUUCCUUUUCAGGGUUGUGUUGGCGCCAUUGACGCGACAGAGAUCAUACGGGAACGUUCCUCAGCCCCACGCUGUCUUAUAUUAUUCUCAGAGAACGACCCCUGGAGGCCUUCUCAUCGCUGAAGCUACCGGAGUUUCUGAUACAGCUCAGGGAUACACAGACACGCCUGGAAUAUGGACCAGAGAGCAAGUGGAAGCUUGGAAACCAAUCGUAGAUGCUGUUCAUGCCAAAGGCGGUUUCUUCUUCUGUCAGAUUUGGCAUUGCGGCCGGGUCUCCAACCGUGGUUUUCAGCCAAACGGGCAAGAUCCAAUCUCCUCCACAGACAAGCCACUGACACCUGGCAUCGAUGAAGCUCGAUUUACGCCUCCAAGACGUCUAAGGACGGAGGAAAUCCCUGCCAUUGUUGAUGAUUUCCGCCUUGCAGCCCGAAAUGCUAUAGAAGCUGCAGGAUUCGACGGAGUAGAGAUUCACGGAGCACACGGCUACCUGAUAGACCAGUUCAUGAAAGACGAGGUGAACGAUAGGACUGACAAGUAUGGUGGAUCACUAGAGAAGCGCUGCAGAUUUGCUCUGGAAAUAGUGGAAGCAGUAGCAAACGAGAUAGGCCCAGACAGAGUAGGGAUAAGGCUCUCUCCCUUCGCGGACUACAUGGAGUCGGGCGACUCAAACCCUGAAGCCUUGGGGCUCCACAUGGCGGAAUCCCUGAACCAAUAUGGGAUAUUGUACUGCCACAUGGUGGAACCGAGGAUGACAGCGGUGGGAGAAAUGGAGCAGUGCCCUCGCACGUUGAGGAAGGCCUUCAAAGGAACGUUCAUAGUAGCCGGUGGUUAUGCCAAGGAAGACGGGAACAAGGCGGUGGAGGAGGGACGAGGAGAUCUGGUGGCAUAUGGGAGGCUAUUCUUGGCAAAUCCUGAUCUUCCGAGGCGAUUCCGACAAGAUGCUCCCUUGAAUAAGUAUGACCGAACCACCUUCUACACGCCUGAUCCUGUCGUUGGCUACACAGAUUAUCCUUUUCUUGAGUGACAACCUAUUUUCUUCGAUUAAUUUGUGCUCUCUGUUUCCACUUGGGAAGCUAUCGAUUCACUCUUUCAUCAUCAGAACAGUUGCCAUAAUCUUUUUUUCUUUUCUUUUGGAAUAAAACAUGAUGACCUCCAA